ACUUCUCCUCUCCCCCCUUCUUCUUCCCCUUCGAAUCAAAUUUCAAAUCCAAAGUCCAAGCGCAGAAACAAAUGGCUCUGCCUAACCAGCAAACAGUUGAUUAUCCAAGUUUUAAGCUCGUAAUCGUCGGCGAUGGCGGUACAGGGAAAACAACUUUUGUGAAGAGGCAUCUUACAGGAGAGUUUGAGAAAAAAUACGAACCAACAAUUGGUGUCGAGGUCCAUCCGUUGGAUUUUUUCACCAACUGUGGAAAACUUCGGUUCUACUGCUGGGACACAGCUGGGCAAGAGAAGUUUGGUGGUCUGAGAGAUGGAUAUUACAUUCAUGGCCAGUGUGCCAUCAUUAUGUUUGAUGUUACUGCUCGGCUUACAUACAAGAAUGUUCCAACAUGGCACCGUGAUCUUUGCAGGGUCUGUGAGAACAUUCCAAUUGUUCUCUGUGGAAACAAGGUUGAUGUUAAGAAUAGGCAGGUGAAAGCAAAGCAGGUCACUUUUCACCGGAAGAAGAAUCUACAGUACUACGAGAUAUCAGCAAAGAGCAACUAUAACUUUGAGAAGCCUUUCCUUUAUCUUGCUAGAAAACUUGCUGGGGAUCCUAAUUUGCACUUUGUGGAAGCUCCUGCCCUUGCUCCUCCGGAGGUGCAAAUUGAUAUUGCAGCCCAGCAGCAGCAUGAGGCUGAACUUGAGGCUGCUGCUGCUCAGCCUCUUCCAGACGACGAUGAUGAUGCCUUCGAGUAGAUAAAGGGUUUUAUUAUUAAAGUAAAUGUAUGUGUUUUGAGCAUAUUUGGGUACUAGGCUAAAAUUUUUGUGCAGUUGUGUCCAUACCUGCAAGCAUUUGUCGUCCAUUCAAUCUCUGUAGAAUGUUCAACUGCUAUUCAGUAUCACUUGUAAUCCAUUAUAUUUCUGCUAAAUGUAGGGAAUUGAAAUCUGCUUUCAUGUUAUAUUGUUUGUCUACUCGUUUCUUUAAGUGAUUUCUGGGUACAACUCCUCACCCAUUAGGAAGAUGCUGUUGCUUCCCUACAAGAAAGUCUGGGUUGAACA